AUGGUUGGUAUGCCGAUUAAAAGGGUCGCGGUCAUCGGCGCCGGGCCGGCAGGAGCCAUUGCGAUAGAUGCGCUCGCGCAAGAAAAGGCCUUCGACAUUAUUCGUGUAUUCGAGCGCCGCGAAGGCCCAGGGGUUGCUGGUUCGAUCGGGGAUUCGUCUCCUCCCCCAACGCUGGUUGACUUCGCGUCUCUGGCUAAGAGAACGGCGGAUACUCCUGUUCCUCUUCCUCACAGUUUGCCUGCGCAGACUCCAAAGUCGGACCAGCCUCGAUUUGCAGAGUCGUCCGUUUAUCCAUAUUUGGAAACAAAUAUCGAUUCCCUGCCUAUGCAGUUUUCUCGGGAGCCUUUCCCGGAGGAACGCAGUGAAUCUUCCAUAUCACACCAUGGACCCCAGACCCCAUUUCGCAGGUGGGAUGUAGUCCGCAAAUAUGUUAGGGAUCUUGUGGAGCGUCGGGGGUACAAUGACUGCAUUUCAUACAACACCACAGUCGAGCGGGUUGAGAAGGUGGGAACGGAGUGGAAAGUCACACUUCGCAAAGAUGGGGAGAAGAGCGACUAUUGGUGGGUUGAGUGGUUCGAUGCGGUCGUUGUGGCGAGUGGGCACUUCUGGGUACCAUACAUACCCCCAAUAGAAGGCCUGGAGAGCUUUGAGAAGGCGAGACCGGGCAGUGUACUUCACAGCAAACAUUUCCGAGGGAGAGAGGCAUUUACUGGCAAGCGAGUUGUGGUUGUAGGCGCGUCUGUCUCAGCGGCUGACAUUGCAUUCGAUCUUACGGAAACUGCAGAGCGACCGGUUCAUGCAAUUACAAUUGGACAUGCAGCGAACGGUUACUUCGGCGAUGAGGCAUUCAAACAUCCAAGUAUACAAAACCACCCAUCAAUAGAACGGGUCUCUGGCAGAACUGUGCAUUUGGUGAACGGAGGUUGUAUCACGGAUGUUGACUACAUAAUUUUCGGGACAGGCUACAGCUGGACGCUACCAUUCUUACCGGCAGUUCCAGUACGCAAUAACCGAGUGCCCGAGCUGUAUCAACACGUUGUGUGGCAAAAGGACCCAACUCUGCUGUUUGUCGGCGCUGUCGCUGCUGGACUGACGUUCAAGGUGUUUGAAUGGCAGUCUGUGUUAGCCGCGCGACUGCUUGCUGGCCGAGCUACUCUGCCACCACUGGAAGAAAUGCAGAAAUGGGAAACAGAACGUGUAAAGGCUCGGGGUGACGGCGUGAAGUUCACGCUGAUCCAUCCAGACUUCGAAGACUAUUUUGAGACAGUGAGAAGACUGGCCGGUGAGGGAGAAGAGAACAAGGGACGAAAAUUGCCCAAGUUCCGCCGCGAGUGGGUGAGAGCAUUUUUGGAUGGCCAUGAACGCCGCAAAUCGAUGUGGAAAAGGCUGAAUGCGAAAGCCCGGGCUGUGUCUCAAACAACCAACAAAGAAUUAGCUCGGCUCUGA